UACUGCAGCAGCAACAGAUCACACCUGUCUUCUCUGGACCAUGGAAAGAGAUGCCGUGUGCAUGAGCUGAGCCACACAGUAUCAUUGCAUUACUGGCAGCAGACAGUGCCUUAUUAAGUUUGCCUGGUGUCUUUCCUGAAGAGAGCAGCUUAUAUAGUACCAUUAGUCUGCUGUGAGAUCAUUGCAACCCAAGGCUCAGUCAACAUGCAGUCAGUCUCUGGUCUCACAACACCCCUUGAUGCUACAGGUCAGUUUUCAAAAAGAAAGAGGACUUCCCUGUGGUUUUCAAUCUCCCUCCUUGUGGUGUCCCUUUUUAUAUUGGUCUUAGGCCUAGUGGCAACUACGAGAACAGAAAACAUAACAGUGGGAGGCUAUUAUCCAGGGAUUGUUCUUGGUUUCGGAUCUUUCUUGGGCAUUGUUGGAAUUCAUUUGGUGGAGAACAGAAAACAAAUGCUGGUAGCCUCCAUAGUGUUUAUCAGUUUCGGAGUAGUGGCAGCCUUUUGCUGUGCUAUAGUUGACGGAGUGUUUGCAGCUCGCCAUAUUGAACCAAGACCAUUGUACACAGGGAGGUGUCAGUUUUAUUCCAGCGGGUCAGGACUUGCUUAUGAUACUCACCAGACAGAGGUAACGUGUUAUACGCAGCAGACUGGAUGUCAAAUGAGAAUCAAAACUCACACGUGCUAUUGCUGUGAUCUGUACAACUGUGAAAACCCAGAUCAGGUCAGCAGCUACUAUGAAUAUGUUGGCGUAAGCAGCUGCCAAGAUGCAGUCCAUUUAUAUCGGCUACUAUGGACCUCUACCGUGCUAAACAUAGUGGGGCUUUUCCUUGGCAUUGUCACUGCUGCUAUUCUUGGAGCUUUUAAGGACAUGGUACCACUUCCUCAACUCAAUUAUAACUCGCCUCCACCUCAAAUUCUGUAUAACCCUGCACAGCAGAUUCUUACCUACACUGGGUUUUGCUCUUCUGCAUCUGCACUACCAUCCUAUGCGUCAUACCCUUUACCGCUACAGCCUUCUGGUUCUUAUCCAGCCACAUCAUCUGGUGAUAUUUCCUUAUUGGAUGACACCCAGAAUCCCUCAGAGUCUAACUCAAUCAAUGGACUCGCCUCAAAUCCAGUCUCUCAGCAUUCAUCUUCCAUUCUUCUACCAGGUGAAAAGCCCCCUCCAUAUGCCCCUUAGCAAAAGAUUUCCGUGUUUGCUACAAGGACUGUGAGUAAAGUUGCAAGAAAAACAGGAUUAAAGGGCUUGCUGGAAUCACGGACAUUCCUAUGGAAAUAGAUGAUCUUUCCUUGUACGGUCGAUCAAUUAUUGACUUUAUAAUUAAUGGCAAAGUGUUAGAUGAUAAUUUGUCUUUCUUGUGAAAUCCUAAUUUAUUAUAAAAUGAAGUGUGUAAUUUAACAUUUUUAUAGGCUUUAGCGUUGCUUUAUUGACCGAUUUGUCUUGUAUAGUAGACAUUUUUGUUACCGUCUUAAAUAGUCAAUGAAGA